AUGGUUCGUUCCUCUAGAUUUGAACGGUAUGGGACAAUUGCUGACUCGCGAUUAGCUGCACCAAAGUAUCCUGUUGUUCUCGCCCAUGGCUUGCUCGGGUUUGAUGAAUUGCGCCUUGCUGGCCCAUAUCUACCCGGUGUUCAGUAUUGGCGUGGAAUUAAAGAGGCGUUGACUGCGCGAGGUAUUGAGGUCAUCACAGCAACAGUACCCCCAUCGGCUUCUAUUGAGGCGCGGGCUGAGCAAUUGGCCCGAAAUAUCGAGGCUGGGGCUCGAGGAAAAGAUGUUAAUAUUAUUGCGCAUAGCAUGGGUGGUCUUGAUUCACGAUAUAUGAUUAGUCACAUACGACCGGAGAAGUUCAAAGUCUUGUCACUGACCACUAUUGCAUCUCCGCAUCGAGGCUCAUCUGUGGCGGACUAUGUACUUGAUCAAAUUGGAGCCGAUCGCCUACCUCAGAUCUAUUAUGCCCUUAAUCGACUAAAUGUCGAGACGGGAGCAUUCGCUCAAUUAACACGGAAAUACAUGACCGAGACCUUCAACCCCAAUACCCCAGAUGUGGAUGAUGUCAGAUAUUUCUCCUAUGGAGCAGCCGUGGAGCCAAGCAUAUGGUCUGCGUUUCGGCUUUCACACCGAGUGCUUGCGGAGAUUGAAGGGCCCAAUGAUGGCCUAGUCAGCGUGUCUAGUAGCCGCUGGGGAGGCGAUGCAGGCUACAAAGGAACCUUGGUAGGCGUGAGCCAUCUAGACCUGAUCAACUGGACCAACCGCCUUAAGUGGUUUAACGCCAUUGCAUUUUACUUGGAUAUUGCAGACAUGUUGGCCAAAGAGGGACUUUGA